CUCCCGGGCUGCAGGAGCUGUCCCGCGGACGGGACGGAGGUCCUAGCGGCAGGUCCCUCCCAAGGGUCUGCUCGGCGGUGUCGCUUCGCGCCCGGACCAGCCCGUGGCCACCAGCCCCGGGCUGCAGUGGCUGCGCCAGGCAUUGAGGAGCCGGAUACUCAAACAAGGGGCCCAGGAGCAGAGCUGUGGCGGGAAGCCGACCAGGGCCGUAGUGCUCCGCUGCCCCUCUGAGUGGAGACAGUGCCAGGGAAGGGGCUCUGCCAGCCAGGAGCAGGGUGGGACCCCACUGGGGGCAAGGGAGGGGAGCCCCUGGAGUUAACCCUGGUCAUGGAAGGGGGUUGGGUGUGAGCUGAGCAGCCUCUAGUCUACACAGCAGACCCUCAGCUACUACCAAGAGCCCAGUCUACUUGUGCCCAUCUAUCCCGGACAAGGGCAGCCAUGGCCUGCUGGUGGGCUGGCUGGCUGCUCCUGCUGGUGGAGGCUUGGGGGGCCCACCUGGCGCAGGGGACGCUGGAGCCCUGGGCCCAGGUGGCUCCGUGGCUGGGAAACACAUCCAUGUUCCAGGCCAGGAGCCUGCAGCGCCACCUGCCCCAGGGAAUUAUCAUCGGGGUGCGGAAGGGGGGGACACGGGCCCUGUUGGAGAUGCUGGCGCUGCACCCCCAGGUGGCUGCUGCCCGUGCCGAGGUGCACUUCUUCAACCGGGAGGAGAACUACCGGCGGGGGCUGGGCUGGUACCGACAGCAGAUGCCCCUGUCACGCCCCGGCCAGCUCACCAUGGAGAAGACCCCAGGCUACUUCUCCUCCCUACGGGCCCCCGAGCGCAUCCGCGCAAUGGACCCUGCCAUGCGGCUGCUGCUCAUCGUGCGGGACCCAGUGGAGCGGCUGGUGUCAGACUACACCCAGAUCCUGUACAACCGCCAGGCGCAGUGCAAGCCCUACCCGCCCCUGGAGCGGCUCCUGCUGCGGGGGGACCGGAGCCUCAACACCCGCUAUAAGGCCAUCCAGCGCAGCCUCUAUGCCCUGCACCUGGCCCGCUGGCUGGCCGCUUUCCCCCUGGCCCACAUCCAUGUGGUGGACGGGGGUGGCCUGAUCCGCGAGCCCCUGCCUGAGCUGCGCCGCGUGGAGCAGUUCCUGGGCCUAGCACCCAGCCUGGGCCCUGACAACUUCUACUUCAACCAGACCAAGGGCUUCUACUGCCUGCGGGCCGGGGCCCACCAGCACUGCCUGGAUGAGUCAAAGGGGCGGCCCCACCCACCCAUCACUGAGCAGCUGCUGGAGCAGCUCUGCACCUACUUCAGCGCCCACAAUGAGCACUUCUUCAGCCUGGUGGGGCGCACAUUCAACUGGUGCUGAGCUGGGUGGGGCUUGCAGGGACAGACCCCCCUCCCCCCAGUGUGCUGAGCCCUGCAGGGACAGAGCCCUCCCUCCCCAGGGCCGAGGCAGUGAAAUGGGGGGUAUGGAAG